AUGUUGAAGCGUCGAUGCCCACUUAACCAUGUAAAUCCCGAUAGGCGAAAAAGACUGUUCUGCAGACCUCACAGUUGAGUGGCGAAGUGGAUGCCUCAAAAUGGGAACAUAGCCAAAGUGAUCUUAAAAUCUUUUCCUCAAAAACUUUGUCCCAGUCUGGAGACUUUUUAGAAUAGACACAUUACCCACAAAGCAUUUGAACAUUCUUCUAUAGAUGGUGGUGAGGGGAUGUCAAAAGUUCAGUAGGUCGCUAAAGAGACCUUUUGGACCUGCUUGGUGAUAUGGGGCUACUCAUUAAUGUCUUCAAACAUACACGUAAGACGCCAGCGGUACGAACAGGUAUUUGUCAGUCCUGGUGUCACAAACUCCACGCAGUUGGCUGCUCGGUGGAUCAGCCAUGCUUAGCUUACCCCUUCCCCAGCUUGUAGUUUGGUUCGCGGUUGUGGCGGGGAUGUCCGCCACAGACCACGGCCCUAUCUUCCACACGCAGUACGGAGACGUGCGGGGCGUGUACAUAGAAGAAGGCGCCGUCGUCUUCGGCCUGCCCUUCGGACAACCUCCAGUUGGCGAGCUCCGCUGGAAACCUCCCAAACCGUUCACGGGAUCGUGGGCACCGCACAUCCGCGACGGCAGCGUCCCGGGCCCGGCAUGUGUACGGGGCGGCUGCGGGCCAGACGAUGAUGACCCCCAAUUCGUAUGUCCUAGGGACGGGAAAAUCAGCGAGGACUGUUUGUACCUCAACAUCUUUGCUCCACGCACUGUCCUGACAAAUUCUACCACUAAGCUACCCGUUAUGGUCUGGUUCCAUGGAGGUGGCUAUGAGACAGGUACCGGCUCUGCCAUCAUUUACGACGGACGCUUUCUGGCCAAUAAAACAAACACCGUUGUUGUGACAACCAACUACAGACUCGGGGCUCUGGGUUUCCUGGUGGCCGGCGAGGGGGAAGACGCCGCGACAGGGAACUAUGGGACACUGGAUCAGAUCCUGGCUUUAAAGUGGGUACAGGAAAACAUCGGCAACUUCGGAGGAGACAAAAAGCAUGUCACAAUUUUCGGACAGAGUGCCGGGUCCGAUUCAGUCGGUAUUCUGAUGACGUACAACGGGUCUGCGGACUUGUUCGAAAAGGGCAUCAUGUUGAGCGUACCUUUCACCAUCUAUCACAAGUCUCGCGCCGACGCCAUUCGACUCGGAAACCACUUCGCCAAACAGCUGAACUGCUCGCACGGCGACAUCAAGUGUAUCCGUUCCAAAACCACAGCCGAACUUUUAGAUGCACAGGGUAAGUCAGGCAGCUUCAUCGCCAACCCGUUUCGUCUCUUUGAGUUGUUUGUGCAGUGGGGACCCCACUUUGACGGCGAUAUUCUAACCGAAGAACUUGUGGAGAAGUUUGCAAAAGGACAGUUUCAAAAAAAGCCGUUUAUCAUAGGCACAGUAAGCGAAGAAGCUAUCUUAUUCAUACUUGGCGCGUUCAAAGGCAAGAUGACAAAACUUGAACUGGACGGCGUUGCUGUAGCCUUUAUGCGUUUAAAGGCAGGCCAGGCCCUUCGUGAAUAUGACCCGCCACCAUCUUCAGACUAUCGGCCUGUUCUCUCCCAGGCCGUGACGGACUGGGUCUGGGUCUGUCCGACCCGCAACGUCACACGCAGCGCCAUCGCCGGUGGAGAACCCGACGUCUGGCUCUACGUCUUCGACCACGUUUGGUCCUUCAAACAUGCCUGGGACGACCAACCAUACUGCAACGGCUACGUCUGCCACGGGGAGGACAUUCCAAUCGUCUUUCAAACCGCGCCGCUGGCGAACCUCAGCAUGACCCCUGACGAGCAGGUCCUGGCUGACACCAUCGCGUACCACUACGGGAACUUCGCACACACAGGGGACCCAAACAAGCCAAACCACCAUCCCCCCCGUCCCUACCUCAACAUACCAGAUAACCUGAACUGGUCAAAGUACAGCAAGGACAACGGAUAUCCUAUCCUGAACAUAACGACUCCGCAGAACAGCCUGAUGCACGAUUAUCGGAAGGAAAAAUGCGACUUUUGGGACAGAGAGGACAUUUACACCUGAGGAAAUUUGGUGUUGUUUCUAGUACACCAUGUUUAGUUUCUACUUCUUUGAAACGUGGUGUUUACACUGUACGUGCAGCGAAAUA